GCUUGUACUGUAUGGAGGCAGGCAACCCUGCAGAGCCUCUCUCUCUCUUCUCUCUCUCUCUCUCUCUCUCUCUCUCUCUCUCCUCCUCUCAUCUCAUCUCAUCUCAGGCACCUCCCUCCCUUCCCGCAACACCCUUCAGCACACUCAGGAAAGGAGGAGGAAAAAAACAUGGAGUAGAAGGAGGGGUAAUGCUGACUCAGAGGACCCCCUCCCUGUAGGAUCUAGCCGCUGUUUCUUCUCACCAUGAAUGUUGCCGUGUCACCCAUGGCCAGCGAGGCCGCCUCGCCCAUGAUCACCUCCGUCACCCCCACCCUGGAGCCCUGCCUCAGCCCCCGAGAUGAGGAGGAGGAGGAGGAGUGCAGCCCGGCCGAGACCAGUGGUCGCGGCGCAGACGAGGAGAAAGGGGAGACGCAUGCCCAGGUGGCGUCUGCGCACUCCAGGCACAGCAGGUACCAGAAGCCCCCGCCCCUGCACACAGGCGCCGACUGGAAGGUGGUGCUGCACCUGCCAGAAAUCGAGACCUGGCUGAGGGCCACCACAGAGAGGGUGAGGGACCUCACCCACUUUGUGCAUCAGGACUCCCAGAACAAGCAUGUGGACGUGCAUCUGGUCCAGCUCAAGGACAUCUGUGAGGACAUCUCAGACCACGUGGAGCAGAUCCACGCCCUCCUGGAGACAGAGUUCUCCCUGAAGCUGCUGUCCUACUCGGUGAACAUCAUUGUGGACAUCCGCAGUGUGCAGCUGCUGUGGCACCAGCUGCGCGUGUCUGUGCUCGUGCUGAAGGAGAGGCUCCUCCAGGGCCUGCAGGACUCCAACGGCAACUACACCCGCCAGACCGACAUCCUCCAGGCCUUCUCGCAGGACCCGACGGCCCGUGGCGACCCCAACACCCGCACUCGUCUGGACGCUCUGACUGAGGUUGACGACUCCGGACAGCUGACCAUCAAGUGCAGCCGGGACUACUUCUCGCUGGACUGUGGCAUCACCGCCUACGAGCUGAGCGACUACAGCCCCAGCGACGACCCCGAGGGCCACGGCCGGGGCUCCGAGCCCCGCAGCCUGUACCCCGAGUUGGAGCGCGAUCUCCCCGAGUUGCUGCAGAGUGUGGACCUGCUGACCAUUGCAGCCAAACAGCUGUCCUCCUCCAAACAGAACCUGACCGGAGAGACUAGCACCGAGCAGCCAAGCACCUCCACGGAGGGGCUCAAAGCUUCGUCCAGAACACUUUCCGUUACCGGAGACUCGACGUCUGCACCCACAAUGCAGUGUGGCACCCCUCAAGGGGAGAGUGUCCUCUCUAAACGCCCCCUACAGGGCAGUUAUAGUAACAAGGUGUCCCCCACACAGCCGUCCCUUCCCAAACGGGCCAUGUUCCUGGAGGGGGAUGCCGACGGCAAGAUGCAGAGGUCCACUCUGCCCAAUGCCCUACAGUUCCAGGCCGACUUAAGCCGAAGCACCCCUUCCCUGCUGGACCCUCCAGAUCGAUCCAAAUUCUGGUUGGACCUUGACUCUGUGUACCCCAGCAAUGCCAGGCACUCGUAUGAAAGUCUCAACGCCAUGAACAAGAGGAACCUGCAGGCGAGCAGGGAGAGCACUUACCAGAGGCCACCGGUCCCAGGGGCAGCCCAUGUACCCCUGCAGAGAAGCUCCUCAGAGGUAGGCCAGGGUGGACCCGAGCUGGACAAUGCCGCCUCCACAAGUCCCCUGCAGGACAAAGCCCCACAGAGUGGUCAGUUCACCCACUCAGACUCUGACAGCCCCUUGCCUGUCACUCCUGACAUCAACCCCGCAGACUUUGAGGCCUGCGAGGACCUCUCCUCCUCCAGUCCGGAGGUGCUCUCUCCGUCCACCGCCAAAGGCUCACUGUUGAUGGUCCCUCGGGCCCCGGGCUCCCAGAUCGUCCCUCGUGGAGAGGACCCCAGCCCCAACGAGGAGCACUGGUACGGCUCGGACGAGUUCCUGGCGCUGCCGUCACAGCUGAGGAAGACGGAGAUGCUGGCCCUGAAGCUGGAGAGCCUGGCCAAAGUGCUGCCGCAGAGGCUGACCCAGGAGUCCAUUCAGGAUGUGGACGACUGGGAGCUGACCGAGGCCAACCAGGACUGGGAGGGCGGUAGCAGCAGCAGCUGCCGCAGCAGCCCACAGCCAUCCUUGCUCACCGUCCUGGCCUACAAGAAGCCAUUUCUGGGGCGUCUGUCCCCGACCUCCUCCAGCGACAUCGCCCCGUCCCUGGACGAGAGCAUCGAGUCUGGGCCCCUCAGCGACCUGCUCUCGGAGGACGAGGUGGGCUGGGGUGCCCCAGAGUCCAAGAGGAGGGGUCCGCUCAUGACGUCAUCCCCAGCCCCAAGACUGGAGGCUCAGUGCAAACCAGUGAUCCAGCAGCUGCUGGAAGACAUCCAGCAUCAGGAGAACUACCAGGACAUCUGGGGCAAGCUUGAGGGUUUUGUGAGCAAGCUGGACGAGUUCAUCCGCUGGCUGACCGAAGCUCUGGAGACCACAGAGAACUGGACCCCACCCAAGGCAGAGAUGGACAGCCUAAAGCUUUACCUCGAGACACACCUUAGCUUCAAGAUGAGCGUGGACAGCCACAGUGGCCUGAAGGAACGAGUGCUGGACGAGGGCCGACAGCUGCUAGAAGUCAUCCGCUCCCACAAAUCAGGCCUGCGGGACAUGCUGGAGAUGAUCGCGCACCAGUGGCAGGAGCUGCAGCGUCAGGUGCGUCGGCAGCACGGCUGGAUGCUGCGCGCCCUCGACCUCCUCAAGGCCCAGGUCCUGGCCCGCGAGGCCUCCCAGGGCUGGCAGGCCCGUCCGCCCAGCCCCAAGGGGGAGAUGCAGAGGAGCCACAUGGAGGCCCAGAAGGACAUCCUGGAGCAGAUGACCCUGAAGCUUAAGAACCAGCAGUUCUGUCCGGCAGCCACGGGUACUCGAGAGCUCGCCCAGAUGUCCAAGAACAACAGUCUGCAGGAGUUUGAGUCAGAGUACCAGGAACUGUGGGAUUGGUUGAUGGACAUGGAAUCUAUUGUGACGGACAGCCAUGAUCUGAUGAUGUCGGAGGAACAACAGCAGCACCUCUACAAGGGCAACAGUGUGGAGAUGGCCAUGUGGCUCCCCAAGAAGAGGCAGCUGCUGGGCUGGGCGGAGUCUUUGCAGCGGAGCGGCACAGAACUGCCUCCUGACUUUGAGCAGCGCCUCACUGUCCUCAAGAACAAGUGGGACCAGCUAGAGCGGACGUUGGGCGAGCACGUGGGCGGCAGCGGGGGCAGCCCAGACCCCCGCGCCCUCCUGUCCCCCGGCACCAAAGGCAUGCUGGGACAGCUGGAGGGCAAGAUCAAGGAGCUGAAGCGCUGGCUGCGUGACACUGAGCUCUUCAUCUUCAACCUGUGUCUGCGGCAGGACACGGACAUGCAGCAGGCCCACGCCCAGCUGCAGCAGUUUAAGUCUCUGUGUAUGGAGGUGCGUGGUCGGCGCCGGGGCAUGGCGUCUGUGCUGCGUCUGUGCCAGCGGCUGCUGGAGCAACCGGACCAGGCGCAGGCCGCUCGCCCGGACCCGGACGCCGAGCGCGACAGCCUGCAGCUGCUGGCAGUCAACCUGGAGCGGCGCUGGGAGGCAAUCGUCAUGCAGGCCCUGCAGUGGCAGACGCGCCUACAGAGGGAGCUGGGCAGGGAGCAGGUCCCAGGGAACCUUCUAGAACCUUCACUCAUGGACCUGCGUGGCCCUUCGGAGGACUCCUGGGAGUGGGAUGAAAUGGACAUGACCAUUGUCAACAUGGAGUUGCAGGAGGACUGCGUUGAUAAGCAAAACCAUGCAUGUGAAUUAGCCCCGGGAUCCCUCGGGGUAACGCUAGACAGACCUGAACCGCGUCCAGGUGUCACACAACGCCGGAUGACCUCCUCCUCCUCCUCCUCUUCCCUGCCUUGCAGCGUGUAUCAGGUGUACAGCAUGCAUAACGUCGAGCUUUAUCAGCAGCCUGUGUUCCCCAGCCGCAAGACGAGUCCGGCCAGAGCGCGCGGUAAACAGCCGCACCAUCAGCUGCUCCUCAAGAGCCUGAGCAAGGACUCCUCAUUCUCCUCCGUGGAGUCUCUGCCCGACAUCCUGGGCGGGCUGCUGGGGGUCAAGCAGUCGGGCCCGGGGAAGGAGUCGGCCCACCGCUCGGAGAGCGAGAGCGGCAUCGUCAGCGAAGGCGACACCGAGAACACGGGCAACUCCGACAUCUGCUUGCACGAGCACAGCGGCGACGAGAGCAGGAUCGACGUCACGCUCUCCGGCCCCGACCGAGGCGGCUCUCCCGAGGCGGACCGCGUGUGCGACGAGGACAUCGACCGGAUCCUGGAGCGUGCGAACAAGUGCGCCGAGUACGAGUGCGAGGAGGCCAUGUUGCUGGGGAAAGGGUCGAGGGCGACGCAAAGGGUGGCGCGCAAGAAGCGCGAGGACAGCGGAGAGGGCAGGAGGAGGCACCGCAAGGAGCCCGUGGAGAUCCUCAUCAACGGGCGCGGCUACACCCCCGAGCCCGGUAGCGAGAGCAGACAUGGCUGCGGCUGCGGCGACGGCGGCGGCGGGGCGGGGCGCGCGGCGGCGUCCAUGGUCCCAUGGGGGAGGCCCCAGGGGCAGUUGGCCCAUCUCCUCUCGCAGGGCUCCUCUCUGGAGUCCCUGUGCGGCCCGGGGGAGCUCUUCCCCUCCGGCAGAGACGGCCUGCACCGCAGCACCUCCCUGGAGAGCUGGCUGGCCCCCAGCAAGAGUCCCGAGGACGCCGGCAGUCGCGGCAGCCUCCGGGACCUCAGCCUGGGUGGCAGCGGUGGCGGCGGUGUUGGUGGGGAGCCACCAGCAGCGGGGGAACUCAGCAGGAGGACCCUGGAGCUGCUCAAGCGCCUGGAGAACAUUCAGAGCCCGCUGGCCCAGACCAUGACGCGCAGCAUCUCGGACAUCACUCUGCAGAGCAGCUCCCUGAGGCUGGCCGCCGGGGCCGGCCGGGGCCCGCGCUCCUCGGGGGCCACCUCGUCCUCGGUCAACGAGAGCUCAGCGGCGUCCCUGACCGAGCUCAGCGGCACGGAGGACUCGUCGGUGGCCUCGGAGGACAUGGCUGUGCAGAGGAACCGACUGGCGCCACCCAACGCCAACGCCUCCUUCCGGAAGCACUGCCACCGCAGCCGCCACCAGGGGGCACUGCACGGUGGCGUGGGGGCAGCAGGCGCAGUGGUCGGGCCAGGUGAGGACAUGGACGCCAACAUCAGCAUGGUGGUGAAUGUUUGCGUUACGCCGGGCGCCGCACGGCCGGCAUUUUAUUUUGACAGCGACCUCCUGUCCAGCUCCACGCUGACGCUGACCGAGGAGGAGCUGGGCAUCAAGGACGACGAGGAGGACUCCAGCGUCACGUCCGAGGAGGAGGACUACAACGAGGGCGCCUUCACGCUGGGCCUCGACUACAUGAAGAACGAGUUCCAGAACUGGGCCAAGGCAUCGGGGCGCUCACAGGCCCGCGGCACCGACCACCGCAGAACGGUUUACCUCCGAGGGGCGAAGCUACAGUGCGGCACGGGCUUCCAGGGCGCACCCGCGCAAUGCCCCGCUGCGGCUGCCGGCAACAACGACAGGAGCCACUUCCUGAGCCGCUCAGCGCUCAAGCUCCUUGAGACGCACGCCAACGCCAAGAACGAGGGCCUGCGGCAGCAGGACCCGGUUGAGACCCGGCGCAAGGCUGCCACCCGCACCUACAUCAGCCAGUUCGUGGACGACAUGGAGAACGGCAACGUGGACAACGCGCACGUCAAGGCCAAGGACGACGACGACGAGCUGCUCAGAGAGGAGGGCAGCCUCUUCACCAAGAAAGGCGAGUCGUUUAAGGACUGCUACGCCACGCUCAACCCGUCUAGCAGUGGCCAGUCCAGGGGGAUGGUGACGGCCAUCAGCCCCUCAUCCUGCGAGCUGCUGUCCCUCCAGACCAAAGAGUCGUCCCUGGAGAGCCAGCUGAAAGGAGAGAUUCCCUGCCACAGCUCCCGCCGGCCCUCCCCCGCCGUCUCGCCCAUGGAGGACUGCGCGGGGUCGCCGCACGGCAUGAUGGGAACGCCACCUGCAAACUGCUGUCUCCAGCAGCAGCAGCAGCAGCAACUGCAGCAGCAGCACUUUUGCUACCUGAAUGACAUUCGCGACGCCCAGCGGGAGGAUAUUCCAUCUCCAGACCCCCCUUGCUGCGUCCAUCCCACCUUCCCGUCCGCCGACGACGGCGAGAAGGGCGAGAACGUGCACGACUUUGUCAUGGAGAUCAUCGACAUGACGUCCGUGGCGCUGAAGAGCAAGGAGCUCCCGGACGUCACCAUGGAAGAGCAGGAAAGGUCGUCCAGCCCGACCGUGCCGUCGGCCGCUACCACUGCCUCGCAGAUCCGCGACAAGGUGCUGGAGCACUCGCACCGCGGCCUCCACCUGAACAAGGGCGACUUCUACUCCUACCUGUCACUCUCGUCGCACGACAGCGACUGCGGCGAGGUGACCGUGCACGGCGACAACGACGACGACGACGGCCGCAGCAAGAGCGCCACCCCGCCGACGCUGCUCUCCGCGCCCGACGUCCUGCUCUGCGACGAGGAGCCGCUCUUCGAGGCCUGCACCGAGGAGGUCUACCUGGGGCCGCCGCUCUGCUACAGCAUGUCCGUUACCAAGCGCCCGCGGCAACGGCGUUUCGACGCCGCCGCCGACAGCCGACUCCCCGUCCCGGUCCCCCGCCAGGCUCCUCCAUCACCAUCGCCCCCACUGCCGCCGCCCCAUGAUGAAUACCAAAAAGCACAUGGUAUUUCUCCAGGAAGCGCGGCCGCGAGCCAGCCCGAGGACUAUAAUGAGGCCCCUUAUCUUAAUCCCUUACCAUGUGAAACCCCGAUAGACACUGUUGAAUGUUUUGCAGAUACUAAAAUGCUUGAAUCCAAUAUUUCUCCUGUAAUGACUAAGAUAAGAGUCUCUUGCUCCAGUACAAAUCCUUUAAAAGAGGAAGGCGGCCUCUGUAUUAAUCCUAAAAUUAACUGUCCCGCGAUAAGGAGGGCCGAUAGGGAUGAGAAAGGCCCCGCUUCGCUCAUGAUGAAACAGAAGAAUGUCAGGAAAGGGCGCAGCUCUCUUCAGGAAGCCAAGGCCAACCACAAACAGUCUCCAAGGUCAGCGGGCAGCAGUGGGGGAGUGGGGGUGUGGAAGGCAGCCCAGGGCAGUGCUGCUCGCGCCUCUGACAGCUCAUCUGGGCUGCGGACUGGGAGCACUCGGCCCCAGGUCAGGAGGCAGUCUGGCGCUCUGGUGGCUCCCGUGGCUAAGCCCUGAUGCUCGGAGGCUCCGGCGGCAACAGAUGGGUGCUGGUGGUGCUUUUUAUUUUCAUUGUGCCGAGAUCUCCGUCCUGGUGUGCGGCUCACCGAGGCUCCAGCCUCACACAGCUUCCUCUGCUCUCACCUCUCCACAUACGACAGACACACACACACACACACACACACACACACACACACACACACACACACACACACACACA